AUGGCAUCGGGCGAAAAGGACUACUACAAUGAGAAGAAUCUCGGUCCCGCCGUCGUCGAGCCUGCUCAAGUUGGUCACGUGUCCAACUUCAGGAGACGCUUGCCGCACUUCAGCCUUGAGGUUCGUCAAGAGGAGAGCAGCUUUGCCGUUACAAAGAGCGCCUCCAACGCCGAUUUCGACCCGAUUCCUCCAUCAAAGCGCACAUGGAACUGGGGGGCGUACAUCGCCUACUGGAUGGCCGAUGCGUGGGCCGUCUCAAAUUGGGAAGUUGCUUCUUCGAUGAUUGCCGUCGGCCUCAGCUGGAGAAUGGCCAUCGGCGCCUGUGUCCUGGGUAACUCUAUCAUGGGUCUUGUCAUCACCGUCAACGGCAGAAUGGGUGCCAUUCUUCACACUCCGUUCCCCGUUCUGUCCCGCAUGCCAUUUGGUUACUACUUCAGCUACUUCGUUGUCUUGUCCCGCUGCGUCCUCGCCAUCGUCUGGCUCGGUGUCCAAACGACGACUGGCGGUCAAUGUAUGACCGUCUUACUCACAGCAAUUUGGCCGAGUUUUGCAAAUAUCCCCAAUCACAUACCUGCUGAUGAGGGCAUCACCACGGGAGGAAUGAUUGGCUUUUUGCUCUACUUUCUGCUUCAGCUGCCCUUCCUAUGCAUACCUUACACUAAGGUCCAAUACUUCUUCGCCUUCAAGAGCAUUAUUGCGCCCAUAAUUUUCUUUGCCAUCUUCGGUGACACGCUACGCAGAGCCGGCGGCACCAUCAGUAAUAGCACGGUCAUCACACGGGGCAAUCAGAUCGGCGGUUCAGUACUUGCGUGGGCCUUUUUCGGCAAUCUCAACGGAGUGCUGGGCAACUACGCCACCUUGGGCCUGAACAUAGCCGACUUUUCGAGGUACGCCAACAAACCCAGCGCUCAGAACGUCCAAGCCAUCGUCAUACCCUUCAUCUUCACUAUCGUUGGCCUGCUUGGCAUCUUCACCGCUGCGGCCGCUCAGUCAGCAUAUGGCCAUGUCAUCUGGAACCCUAUCGAAAUCAUCAAUCUCUGGAUGGAGUCUGGAUCUCAUGGCGGCCGUGCCGCUGCCGCCUUUGGUGCCAUCGGCUUGAUCAUCGUCACCCUCGGCAUCAACAUCUCGGCGAAUUCCAUAAGCGCUGCCAACGACCUCAUGUCUUUCUGUCCCAAGUACAUUAACAUCCGCCGUGGUCAACUGCUGGCCGCUGUUAUUGGUAGCUGGGCCUUUGUUCCGUGGAAAAUUCUCGCAUCGGCUGCAAAAUUCCUUGCUUUCCUCGGCGGCUACACCAUUUUCCUGGGACCCAUGACAUCCAUUCUGAUGUGCGAUUACUUCAUCGUCCGACGCGGUAAUGUGUCCGUGCCAGACAUGUACAACUUCGACGGCAUCUAUCGCUACUCGCCCAAGUUCGCCACGAAUUGGCGUGCCGUUGUCGCCUUUUUCAUCGGCUGCAUUCCCCCACUGCCCGGCUUUGUCAACAACAUCGUCGUGGCGGGUAAUGGCAAGACCGGCGUCUCUUUGGGCGGUCAACACCUUUUCUCCAUCGGCUAUGUCUACUCCUUUGUCGCAGCCGGCGUCUUCUACUGGAUCUUCAAUCGCUUCUUCCCGCACACCGAGUCUAUGAUGGACCACCCGAAUACGGGAGAAGACAUCAUCGCGGCCAACGAUGCCAAGAACCUUGCGGAGCGUCGUGCCAGCGAGAGCGAGCGUCGGCCAAGUGCGGUUACUCGGUUCUUCCAAGUUUAG